GAACAAUUUCAAACUAAUAAUCAAAAGUGUUAAACAUUUGCAAUCCAAAAUACAUUAUCUUGAAAAUUAAAGUAUUAAAUUCAACUAAAAAGAUACAACCAAAUGCAAGACAACUUUAAAAAAAAUCCGAGGUCCGGAAAAAGAAAAAUAAAUAAAUAAAUGUUUGAUUUUGAAUUUUUUGUCACUGAAAAAGGAAAAAGGAAAAAAGGAUGAGGCAAUUACAAUUUGCAACGUUGUUUAUGAAUCUUUCAUCAUCAUAAUCGGUUGGCUCUGUCGUCGUAUUCGCCCUCUCUCUCUCGCAUCGCUCACAUUAAAUUUUGUGAAUCGGUUAUACACACAGUUUUCUCUCUCUCUCUCUCUCACACACACGCACGCGACGCAUCCAUCUGUGCGAGUGUGCGUGUGAGUGUGAGUUGUGAGUUGUGAGUUGUGAGUUGUGAAUUGUGAUGUGAGUGAGAUCCAUCACUGUUUCCGCCCUCCUCGAGCCCUUUCUUUGAGUGGCGGAUGCGGAUCUACUCACUUUGCAUUCAUACUUGAAGGCUUUUGAUUUCGUUCUCAGCAAAGUGGUGAUCUCUUUCUCGCUACUCAACAACUACUCCUACAGUAAAAAGGCCAGUUCAGAUACUUUGGGUAUUCUGUGCGUGUUGUGAGAGAACUAUUCCGAAAUCAGAAAUGGAGGCUGAAAAGAAACCUUCAGCCGUUUCAGAUGUCGGUGCGUGGGCUAUGAAUGUCAUCAGCUCUGUUGGAAUCAUCAUGGCAAAUAAGCAACUCAUGUCCAAUAACGGAUAUGCUUUCAGCUUUGCCACAACAUUGACUGGUUUCCAUUUUGCUGUUACCGCACUUGUUGGCAUGAUUUCAAAUGCUACAGGAUUUUCUGCAUCAAAGCACGUCCCUUUUUGGGAGUUGCUCUGGUUCUCAAUUGUUGCGAAUAUGUCUAUUACAGGGAUGAAUUUGAGCCUCAUGCUAAACUCAGUCGGAUUUUAUCAGAUUUCAAAAUUGAGUAUGAUUCCAGUGGUCUGCAUCUUGGAAUGGAUUCUUCAUAGUAAGCAAUACUCAAGUCAAGUUAAAUUGUCGGUUGUGGUUGUGGUUAUAGGCGUGGGUGUUUGCACUGUGACAGACGUGAAAGUGAAUGCCAAAGGUUUUAUAUGUGCUUGUGUUGCAGUUCUUUCCACCUCAUUACAACAAAUAUCAAUAGGCUCCUUGCAGAAGAAGUACUCUAUUGGAUCAUUUGAGUUGUUGAGUAAAACAGCACCAAUUCAAGCUGGAUCUCUCCUUGUGCUGGGUCCUAUAAUCGACUAUUAUCUUUCAGAAAACUUAAUUUUGGACUAUAAAUUUACUUCUGGAGCCCUGUUCUUCAUACUUCUUUCAUGUUCUCUAGCUGUGUUCUGCAAUGUGAGCCAGUAUCUCUGCAUUGGACGGUUUUCGGCUGUUUCCUUCCAAGUUUUAGGGCACAUGAAGACGGUGUGUGUGCUGACAUUGGGUUGGCUGCUUUUUGAUUCCGAGCUUACUAUGAAGAACAUAAUGGGGAUGGGUGUGGCGGUACUGGGCAUGGUGAUCUAUAGUUGGGCUGUGGAAACUGAGAAGCAGCAGCCUAAGUUAAUAGCCAAUGCAAAGCACAGCUUAACAGAAGAAGAAAUCAGAUUACUGAAAGAUGGUCUGGAAACGGUUCCAAUUAAGGAUAUUGAGCUUGCUCAGCCCAAGCAAUAGCCGCCCCGCCCUGCUUCCACCACCACCAUCAUCAUUUGUGUAGUACUUACUAGAUUUAAUUUGUCCUCUUUUUUUCUUUUUUUCUUUUUAAUUUAAGGACUAAGCGUUGAGGGGAUAUGAAGUUUACGAGUAAAAGUGAGAAAUUCGUUUGAUUGUGGACACUGUGAAAACGAACGUGCAAGAUACCUGUUUAUUUAGAAAUCUUUAUAUAUAGUUGCAUUUGAUAAA